AUGGAGAUAACUGACGAUGGCAAGGCCCUCAGCUCUUUUGAGUGGCCUUUGUGGUGGCGCAUCACCAUCCUUCUCAACGUCUGCGUCUACACGAUGUUGGGCAACAUGUUUGCUGCCGGCAUCACCCCGCUCUUUCGUCUCAUAAUUGAGGAUUUCCACGUCAGCACCAACAGGGUUUCGUCAUUAUCAUCAUACGCACUCCUGGCUUUGGGGCUUUCGAACCUGUUUGCGGUUGUGGCAUCCAAAUAUAUUGGGAAACGGUAUACCACACUUAUAUCGCUAGCUGCAUUCACUGCUGUCAACGUAUGGACCGUCUACACCCGCUCCUUUGGAUCACUUCUCGCAACGCGAGUUGUCGGCGGUCUCUGCGGAGGGGUCAUUGAAACGCUUGGCCCAGAUUUUGUCGUGCACUUGUUUCAGGAGAAACAACUUGCUUCGGCCAUGGUUGUAUACGUAGGAUUCCUAGCAGGGGGUUCUGCUUUGGGGCCUAUCAUUGCCGGCCUCCUUGGGUCGGCAACUGGAGAGUGGCAGUGGUACUUCAAGUUCCUGGCCAUUCUUUCUGGCAUCAAUGUGAUAACUUGCAUCUUGAUGCUACCAGAAACUACUGACGAUAUUCCGAAUGACUUCCUCGACAAUUCUGGCCAAUUGGACUCCAAGAAUGAUACUGAACAGAUCAGAACCGAAAGCGCUACACCAACCUCUCCCCCCAAUCUCUUAACAAUUUGGGUUUCACGGUCCUUCAAAAUGGGAAUCUUCGAUUUUAAAAGAGAUUUGAACGCACUUCAAUACUUAUAUACGCCGUUCACCAUGAUCUUACAGCCACCAGUCAUUGUUACCAUCAUGAUAUUCGGCCUGACUAUCGGAUGGAGCGUCGCUAGCUCAAUCAUACUUUCAAAUGUCUUCCAAGAACCCCCUAUGUUAUGGAGUUCAAGAGCUGUCGGCUUUUUGAGCAUUUCUCCCCUGGUUGGGCUUAUCUGUGGCCUCCCAAUUGGUGGUGUCCUAGCAGACAAACUAUCUUCCCGUUCUGCAAGGCAGUUUUGCGGUAUACACGUUCCCGAAAGCCGACUAGUCCUGGUCACCAUCGGCGCUGUUCUCAGCCCUCUGGGUGUUUUGAUAAUCGGAAUCACUUUGGGACAACACACGGGAUGGGUUGGACAGGCCUUCGGAUGGGGACUUUUGUCGCUGGGUCUUACCGCAUCCGCAAACAUCCUUAUCACCUAUGCGAUCGACUGUCACCCCCUCAGAGCGCCAGAUAUUGCUUUGCUAGUCAAUUUUACCAAAAACCUAUUGGCUUUCGGUGUCUCGCUUCGUUCGAUGGAUUGGUAUGCGGAAGAUGGUCCUGUGAAACAAUUCGGCGUAAUGGCUGGAACACUAUGGGCAUGUUAUUUGUUUGUUCUGCCGUUAUACUUCUUUGGCGCCAAGCUCCGAGCUCAUUCCAGUUUCUUGUGA